CGUUUAUUUACUCCCAGAUCAAACGCGUUUUAACUACCUCGCCCCUGGCUUCGCUUCCAUCGCCUCUAAGCUGCUUCCGUAUCUCUUUAUGCCUUGCCCUCCACGAGCCUAUAUAGCCUACGACAGCCAAAUAAUAAUGAAUCAUUUCAUAAAUAAUGGGUUUAGCGGCUUAUCGCAAGCGAGGAGGCCGCUGCCGCGCGCUUAUCUCUCCUGGCCACAUUGAGCCGGUGUUCCGCUCCCCAUACCGAACAGCGCGCGGGAUGCGGUGAGGAAUAACUCCAACAUCACUUCCAGUUCCACACAGUCGCUCCUCUGGCUGGAAAAAAACACCCAGAUAUGGAUGACCCCCUUACAAAAUGGCUCCACUCACACACUAACAUCAACAACACGUCAGGAAAGUUAUUUCUUCCUCUGUGGUCCGCGGUCCCAGGAGGGCACUGCUAGGCCUCUCUGGCAGCUGGGAUGAUGGAGAAACGGACACGGGAGGUCGGUAGUCCUCGUAAGGAGUCUCGUGGACCGAGCCAGAACUCCGUCGCCACUGCGAAUGGAUACAAGCACGAGGAGGAGGAGGAGGAGGAAGAGGAGGAGAAGAAGUUCGCGGAGGAGGAGGAGGGAGCAGAGUCAGAUGACGCUCCUCCUCAGAGCGCGCUAAAUGGGACUAUCAUCACCAACGGCGUUGCCAAGGAAACAACUCGCGACGCCCUUGACCUGAAAAGGGAAGUGCCCGUGAUAGAGCUCUCGAGGAGAGGCAUUAUAAAGGCGGGAGAGCUUCGAGCGGACAGACAUACGGUACCGAUCACGGAGCUUCGCAGACCUCCCGUGCCGCUGCCGCUGCCGCACAGAGACGUUCUGAACGACGCUCGAAUGGUCCAGCUGAGCCCCAGCGCGUUCCCUAUCCCGGCGCGAGCGAUGCUGUACAACCUGGCACAACCUCUGGCCAUCAACAGCCAGGGGGAGACAGAGCAUUAUGGGAUGUACCCCAGCAGCAGGGUGAAGAGGCGUCCGGCGCCGUACGAGGUGGAGCUGGACGAGGCGGGCCAACCCAAGAUCGUGCGCCGUAUCUUCACCAACAGCCGUGAGCGCUGGCGGCAGCAGAACGUGAACGGGGCAUUCUCGGAGCUCCGCAAGCUCAUCCCCACCCACCCUCCGGACAAGAAGCUCAGCAAGAACGAGAUCCUGCGCCUGGCCAUGAAGUACAUCAGCUUCCUGUCCCAGCUCCUGGAGGACCAGGACGGGGGUGGGGCGCGGACCGUGGCGGGGGCCGGGGGGGCGGGGGGCGUGGGCGCGGGGGGCGCGGGGCGGGGGGGCGCGGGGGCGGGGGGCGUGGGGGCGGGGGGCGUGGGGAGGGAGGAGCUGCUGGAGGCCCUGUCUCCAGGGUCCAGCUGUGGGAGUCUUCCAGACGGGGAUGCCAGCAGCCCAGACAGUUUCCCCGAGGAGCAGGACCCUCCUCCGGCCACCAGGACCAGACCGGCCCCCAGGACCUCCAGGGACCUGCGGCGCUCCGCACGGUCACUAGAUGGCGCCGGACGGCGAUGAUGAUGGUGGUGGUGAUGAUGUUGAUGAAGAUGGUGAUGAUGUUGGUGAUGUGAGGAGGAUGAGAGAGGGGAGGGAGAGAUGGAGAGAGAGAUGAGGUAGGGUAAGAUGGAGAGAGGGAUGAGGUAGGGUAAGAUGGAGAGAGAGAUAAGGUAGGGUAAGAUGGAGAGAGGGAUGAGGUAGGGUAAGAUGGAGAGAGGGAUGACUCCAUCAGGUUCUCUUAGGUGUCUUUUGUCCACUCCAGGGCCCAGGGGGAGGGGCCUCAGGGGUCAGGAGAUCUACCAACAUUAGAUCCCUACAGUUGAUCUCAGUAGAUUACUCAGAUGGGAAGAUCCCCUGGUCCAGCUUAAGACCAGAGUGUAAAUUCUGCAUGUUAGAUGUUGUCCAGGAAUGGAGGAAGAGAGGAGGAGGGGAAAGGGAGGGGAGG